AUGGGCGGCAGUGAGAGUGACACAGAAGUUCAAGGUGGGUUUUUGGUUUCCAAAGGUGCCAAAGAGAUAUCCAGAGAAAGAAAAAGGACCAGAUCUGGGACGCGUCAGCUGCGCCACAUGAAUAAUCAAACUCCAAGCAGUAGUUCAACUCGAAAUACUAGAUCAAGGAUUAGACGUAGCGGACUUGCUGUUGAAGAGGAAUCUUAUGGAGAGGAUCAAGGAGAAAAAGAAGAAGAAGAAGAAGAAGAAGAAGAAGAGGAAGAUGAUGAUGGAGAUGAAGAUUAUGUAGAAGAUGAUGUUGUUAUAACUGGCUUUAAUGAAAAAGGGGAAAAAGGAGACCCUGUCGAACUGAGUGAUGACAGUAAUGAUGAUGUUAUUAUUACAGAAGGAAGGGACUUUAAGUCUGAUUUCAGAGAAAUUUCCGAGUUACAAGAUGAAAUAAACGAGCUUCAAAAAGAGUCGAAUGGUAAUUCAAACAACGAAGAGCUAGUUGAUGGCGGUUUAAUCAAAGAAUCAAAUGGCUCAACGAAGAAAAAAAGUUCAAGAAAGAAGCCUACAAAAAGUCCCAGGAAAAAAAAGGAACCCAAACCAAAGCUCACACCAUUUGAACGUCGUACUAAUCGACUCUAUGAAGCGCACCCUGAACUUCGUGAUAUAUUUCCGUCUUUAGAAGAACAAGGCCCGAAAAAAGUUAUUCUGGCAGAUCAACCGCCGGAUUUAGCUGUUACUUUGUUGAACUUUCAAAGAGAAGGUUUGUCAUGGAUGGUUAGACAAGAAGAUGAGAGUCCAUAUAACGGAGGUAUUUUAGCAGAUGAAAUGGGUAUGGGUAAAACAAUCCAAAUGAUUGCAUUAAUGAUGCAUGAUCGUUCAAAGGGGCCUAAUUUAGUUGUUGCGCCAACGGUGGCAUUGAUUCAAUGGAAGACAGAGAUUGAAACUCAUACAAAUAAUGCGUUGAAAGUUGCAAUUUUUCAUGGUGCCAAUAGAGCCACUUCGUUGGAAGAAUUGGAAGAUAUUGACGUAGUCUUAACGUCCUAUGCAGUUGUUGAAAGUUCCUAUAGGAAAGAAAAAUAUGGAUUUACCAAAAAACAUAAAAAAGUAAGGGAGAAGAGUAUUUUACACCUCAAGAAAUUUUAUAGAGUUAUUUUAGAUGAAGCCCAUAAUAUCAAAGAUAGGACCAGUUCUACUGCAAAGGCAUGUGAUGUGUUGAACUGUGAGAAGAGAUGGUGUUUGUCAGGAACCCCAUUGCAAAACAGAAUUGGUGAAUUAUAUUCUUUGAUUAGAUUUUUAGACAUUGCUCCAUUUUGUCAGUAUUUUUGCACGAAAUGCCCUUGUAAAUCAAAGGAAUGGAAUUUUCCGGAUUAUAAAGUAUGUGCUCAGUGUGGUCAUGCUCCAAUGGUUCAUUCCAAUUUUUUCAAUCAUUUUAUGUUGAAGAAUAUUCAGAAGUAUGGUCUACAAUUUGAGGGUGAAGAAAGUUUUCAUAGGAUUCAAUUGCUAUUGCGUCAAAUAAUGAUUCGUAGAACUAAAGUGGAAAGAGCAGAUGAUCUAGGAUUGCCACCUAAACUUGUUGAAAUAAGAAGGGACUAUUUUAAUCCUGAAGAGAAAGAUCUAUAUCAAUCAUUAUACACUGAUUCCAAACGGCAAUUCGACGACUACGUGGCCGAAGGUGUGGUUUUGAAUAAUUACGCAAACAUUUUCACUUUAAUUACCCGUAUGAGACAGUUGGCUGAUCACCCUGACCUUGUUUUGAAGAGGAUGAAGCUUCCAAGUUCUGCAAACGGUGGUAAUGAAGGUGUCGUUGAGUUACCACCGGGCGUAAUUGUUUGUCAAAUCUGUGAUGACGAAGCGGAAGAACCUAUUGAAUCUAAAUGCCAUCACAAGUUUUGCCGUAUAUGCGUUAGUGAGUACGUGGAAAGUUUUAAUGGUGACACAAGCAAACUAAAAUGUCCUGUUUGCCAUAUUGGAUUGAGUAUUGACUUGGAAGCUCCUGCCAUUGAGAUGGAUUUGGAUGCUGUUGAUAAAACAUCCAUUGUUAAUAGAAUUGAUAUGGCCGGUAACUGGAAGUCAUCCACCAAAGUUGAAGCUUUAAUGGAAGAAUUAUAUAAAUCAAGAUCCGAUAGAGUUACUACAAAGUCUAUUGUGUUUUCUCAGUUUACAUCCAUGCUAGACUUGGUUGAGUGGAGACUAAAACGUGCCGGAUUUUCGACUGUUAAGUUACAAGGUUCCAUGACACCAUCGCAGAGGCAAUCGAGUAUCAAAUAUUUUCUUGAAACGCCAUCUGUUGAAGUGUUUCUUGUCUCUUUGAAGGCCGGUGGUGUGGCGUUAAACUUGGUCGAAGCGAACCAGGUGUUUAUUCUGGACAGUUGGUGGAAUCCGUCGUUAGAUACUGGUCAAGCGGCAGAUAGAAUUCAUCGUAUUGGUCAACAUCGGCCGAUUCGGAUUGUCAAGCUCGUCAUAGAAGACAGUAUCGAAUCUCGUAUUAUUGAAUUACAAGAAAAGAAGGCCAACAUGGUGAAAGCCACUCUUGACCACGAUGAACGAGCAGCUAACAAAUUAUCUGCUGAAGACAUGCAGUUUUUGUUCAACAACUAG